UUCCGGUGGUGUUCACUUUCUUUGUCGGAAGAAACAAUCAUUAAAAAAGUGCUUUUCUCCGCCGCGGCUGCUGCAACAUGGCGGGAAACUUCUGGCAAAGUUCUCAUUAUUUGCAGUGGGUUCUGGAUAAACAGGACCUGAUGAAGGAGAGGCAGAAGGACCUGAAGUUCCUCACAGAGGAGGAGUACUGGAAACUGCAGAUCUUCUUUGCCAAUGUGAUCCAGGCUUUAGGGGAACACCUGAAGCUGAGGCAGCAGGUGAUCGCCACGGCAACUGUCUAUUUCAAACGCUUCUAUGCAAGGUAUUCCCUGAAAAGCAUAGACCCAGUGCUCAUGGCGCCUACUUGUGUUUUCCUUGCUUCCAAAGUUGAGGAAUUUGGAGUUGUAUCCAAUACCAGGUUGAUCUCUGCAGCAACAUCUGUGUUAAAAACUAGAUUUUCCUACGCCUUCCCAAAGGAGUUUCCUUACAGAAUGAAUCAUAUAUUAGAAUGUGAGUUUUACCUUCUGGAGUUGAUGGACUGCUGCCUGAUCGUGUACCACCCGUACAGACCACUGCUGCAGUAUGUGCAGGACAUGGGACAGGAGGACAUGCUGCUGCCUCUGGCCUGGCGAAUAGUGAAUGACACGUACAGGACUGAUCUGUGUCUGCUUUACCCCCCCUUCAUGAUCGCCCUGGCCUGUCUGCAUGUUGCCUGUGUGGUUCAGCAGAAAGAUGCCAGGCAGUGGUUUGCCGAGCUCUCUGUUGACAUGGACAAAAUCUUGGAGAUCAUCCGUGUGAUUCUGAAGCUCUACGACCAGUGGAAGAACUUUGAUGACAGGAAGGAAAUAGCUGCUGUGCUCAACAAGAUGCCUAAACCCAAACCUCCUCCUAACAGCGAGAGCGACCAGAGCUCCAACGGGAACCAAAGCAACUCUUACAGCCAGUCCUAGCGCGGGUCUGCGUUUCCACGGGCAUCAAUCGGUUUGAUGUCGAGAGGGGAGGGCCUUCUUUUUUAAACAAAAAAUGUCACACGGCACAAACUUUCAAAUGUCCGUUUGGAAAAUCACUGCUCAAGAUGUCCCCUCAUCUUCAGUG